GGCCGCAGGUAGCGGCGGCCGCAGCUGCUCGGCGCCGCCGCCGCCGCCCGCCGCGCGAUGCGCGACUACGACGAGGUCAGCGCCUUCCUGGGCGAGUGGGGCCGCUUCCAGCGCCUCGUCUUCUUCCUGCUCAGCGCCAGCAUCAUCCCCAACGGCUUCAACGGCCUCUCCAUCGUCUUCCUGGCGGGCACCCCCGAGCACCGGUGCGCGGUGCCCCGCGGCGCCAACCUGAGCGGCGAGUGGCGCAACGCCAGCAUCCCGCUGGAGCUGCGCGACGGGCGGGCGGCGCCGAGCCGCUGCCGCCGCUACCGCCUGGCCGCGCUCGCCAACUUCUCGGCGCUGGGGCUGCGGCCGGGCGCCGACGUGGAGCUGGGCGCGCUGGAGCAGGAGCGGUGCCUGGACGGCUGGGAGUACAGCCGCGACGUCUACCGCUCCACCAUCGUCAGCGAGUGGAAUCUCGUGUGUGACGAUGACUGGAAGGGACCCUUUAGUACCUCGUUGUUUUUUGUCGGUGUCCUGUUUGGAUCCUUCAUAUCAGGACAACUCUCAGACAAGUUUGGCAGGAAGAAUAUUCUGUUCGUAACUAUGGGAAUGCAGACUGGCUUCAGCUUUGUGCAGGUCUUCUGUACCAGCUGGGAGAUGUUCUCGGUGCUCUUUGUGCUGGUCGGCAUGGGACAGAUAUCUAACUACGUGGCAGCGUUUGUUCUUGGCACUGAAAUUCUUGGCAAAUCAGUUCGUAUACUAUUCUGCACACUAGGCGUUUGCAUAUUUUAUGCAUUUGGCUACAUGUUGCUGCCGCUGUUUGCUUACUUCCUCAGAGACUGGCGGACGCUGCUUCUUGCUCUUACUUUACCUGGGCUACUCUGCGUCCCACUCUGGUGGGUCAUUCCAGAAUCUCCCCGAUGGCUGAUUUCUCAGGGAAGAUUUCAAGAGGCAGAAGCCAUCAUCCGAAAGGCUGCAAAAAUGAAUGGCGUUACAGCCCCGGAUGUAAUACUUGACCCUAUUGAGCUGCAAGACUUGAAUUCCCAGAAGCAACAGGCACACAACAUUUUGGAUCUAGUGAAAACCCAAAAUAUCCGAACCAUCACAAUUAUGUCGGUGAUUCUCUGGAUGAUAAUCUCUGUUGGUUAUUUUGGACUUUCACUUGACACACCUAACUUGCAUGGAGACAUCUAUGUAAACUGCUUCCUCUCAGCAGUGAUUGAAGUUCCAGCCUAUAUAAUUGCCUGGCUGCUGCUUCGCAAUUUCCCCCGACGGUAUUCAAUGGCUGCUGCGUUAUUCUUAGGAGGCUGUGUUCUUCUCUUCAUUCAGCUGGUGCCUGCACAUAUUCGUGUCCUAUCUAUUCUGCUGGUGAUGAUAGGGAAAUUUGGGAUCACAUCUGCCUUUUCAAUGGUUUAUGUUUACACGGCUGAGCUCUACCCAACAGUAGUGAGAAACAUGGGAGUUGGAGCAAGUUCCAUGGCCUCCAGGCUAGGCAGUAUCCUCUCGCCUUACUUUGUUUACCUUGGUGCCUAUGAUAGAUUCCUGCCUUACAUCCUCAUGGGGAGCCUGACUGUACUGUCAGGAAUUCUCACUUUAUUUCUGCCAGAAAGCUAUGGUAUGCCCCUUCCUGACACAACUGAGCAAAUGCUCACAGUGAAAGGACUAAAAUACAGGCCAGCACCUAAUAACACAAGAGUUUCAAGGAAUGAAGAAGAAAAUCCAGUGAUUUUGAAAAGCACAGCUUUCUGAUGAAACUCCUAUCUACUUCCUGGUGCACUGAAAGUUAAAUGGACUUUUCUUCUAAUAUUCCUUCUAGAAAGGGCUAGUGGCAACACUUUGCUUCCUGUAAUUUUAACUUUAUUUAUUAAUUUGAACACUGUGUUCCAUACAUUCUCUUUUUAUAUGACCGUAAAUACUGUAUAGCCUUUAAUGGGAUUUUCAGCCUCAUUAGUUUUAAUGCAUCGAUAACAUGGAACAGUUUCUGAUCAAUCCUUUGAAACUUUAAGCAUAUAGUUCAGAUUAAAGAUGCUUGAAAAUGGGUUCAAGGGCUGGCAGAGUACCUAGAUUCCCUCAGUGAACCUUCUUCAGAGGUAAUGCAUAUCAAGAGUUAAAAAUUGUCAGAAAAAAAUUGCUAAUCAAUUUUGGUUCCUUGGCUUCUGUCUCUGGGCAGAAGGAAAUUUAUUUAUUGUAGUAAAGGGUAUGAAAACAUACUGCUUGGUAAUCUUACUCAAGUGACUUUGCACAUGCUGAUCUUUUUAACCAGUUUAGGAGAAUGAAAAGAAAGAUUCUGAAAGUUAAAUUAAAACUUGAUAUGCUUUAACUCAGAAUGAACUGAGAGGGUUGUCUUACAUAAAAUACUGCUAGUAUUGGAAGUUUUGCUAAAAAAAAUCCACUUGUUCCCAAUGCUGUUUUUCAAAUAUAAGUAUCUGAUGACAUUGCUUACAUCUGACAUUGGAAUGUGACCUGCUUCAAGGUCAUAUUUAUUUUAAAUGAUGCAAAAGACUUCAUCUGUAUGCGGGGGGGGGAAUGUUAGUUUGGGGUUCUUCCUGUUUGAUAUGCAUUGGAAGUUUUCUGUCUAAAUUGUUUUUAAAGUCUUCUGUGCAAUUUGAAUGACAGAAUCAAACAAGUGUAGGUCUGUUUUCAGAAAGUUUAAUUCUCUUGUCCUUUUUCUCUCUUUCUUUUACACACUUGCAUGCACAACACACACAAUCAAUGAUAUUUAGAGCUAUUUUUUUUUGUUCUACACCACUGCAUUGACUUUAUGUGGAGGAAUUUAUUGAGAGCAAAAUUUAGUAUAAACUUCUGACCACUGAUUCCUGAUUCUCAAGUGUCAAGUGUAUGAUUUUUAUGAGGUCUGUUAUUUCACAUAUGUCAUGAAAUCAGUGAAGGGGUUUUUUUAAUUGUUAAAGAAAAGAAAAAGAAAAAGAAAUCAUGUUGACAGUCUGCCAAGUUCCUUGGGUCACAAAAGCACCCCUGGUAGUACCUGUGUUUCUUUAAAAAAUAUAUCUAUAUGUAUGUCAGUCUCAUUUAUGCUGUUCUGAAAGUGCAUUUACAUUAUACUGUGACAGAUUUGAAUAAUGAAAGCAUUUGUUUUUUGUGGUACUUA